AUGAUGGUGCUACAGGAAGAGUCUCAGACGAUCGUAAUGCUCUGUAACUGCCUUGAAAUGAUGCGUCCGAUGAGUCCAGAAGAACAAACAGUGAUAGUAUCCGUGUUAAUCGUUAAAUUUACAAAGCCUGACGGCACUUCCGAGCAACGAGAAGUUCGACAUUAUCAGUGGAUCGACUGGCCUGACAGAGGCGUGCCACCAUGCAAACUGACGAGUAUGGAGUUGCUAUCGCGAGUGCGUGGCACAAGUAAACCCAUAAUAGUUCAUUGCUCAGCUGGAAUUGGAAGAACAGGGACAAUCGUCGCUAUUGAAUAUAUUCUCGGUGAGCGUUAA